GGGUCAUCCGGUGAAAUAAAUCUAUGCAUUUGUGAUAUUUAGUAUUUAGACUGAACGGAAAAGCUAAAACACCCCGAGGGACGGAUAGGAGAAUGUAUAACGCAGUACCUCGGGGAAUUAUUUCAUUUUCCCUCGCUUUUAGUUUGAAGUGAUCACCUGGCUAAUGAAAUUGUGUUUCAACAUUUCAUAGUUUCCUAAGGGAAUCUUUCACAUUUAAUUGGUUGUAAUUCGUAUGGAUUUGAUAAAUGAUAUUAUACAUAUAAACAAUCAAGACAUUCUAUAGAAACUCGUCUUAACGGAGCUAAUUUGUUUAACUACGUAGAAAACCCAACUUCAUACUGGAGCUGAAACUUUCCAUGCCGGAGACAGGGCGCAGGCUGUCCCCGAGUACCAAUUCCUCGCCGUCACCCGUGCAGACGCAAAAUGGCGGGUACACGAGUAAAAUAUCGGGCGUCCCGUGUCCAGCAACGCCUACUCGUUAUACAGCACCUGUUCACAUUGACGUUGGCGGAGUAAUCUACACGUCUUCAUUAGAAACGCUUACACGAUUUCCAGAGUCCCGUCUUGCAAAGAUGUUUAACGGUAGCAUACCGAUAGUUUUGGAUACCCUAAAACAGCACUACUUUAUAGACAGAGAUGGGAAAAUGUUCCGCUACAUCCUAAAUUACAUGCGCACUGCCAAACUCUUACUUCCGGAAAAUUUCAGUGAAAUGAACCAGCUUUACGAGGAAGCCAAAUAUUUUGAUAUUCCAGGGAUGGUUAGAGAAAUAGAAAUCAUGCGAAGGGGAAAGAAUGUAAAGAAAGAAAAAAUGGACACUUCUUUUGACAAUGGUAAAACUUCUGAAAGAGACUCUUUCUGCGACUGUAUUGCAGUGAGCAUUAGUCCAGAUCUCGGAGAACGGAUAUCAUUAAGUGCUGAGCGUUAUUUGAUUGAAGAAGUGUUUCCCGAACUAAAUACCGCGUUACUGGAUUCCAGGAAUUCCGGCUUCAACAUGGACAAUCGUUACGUCAUUCGUUUCCCGCUGAACGGUUUCUGUAAAUUAAAUUCAGUACAAGUGUUUCAAAGACUGUUGAAUCAUUCUUUCAAAAUCGAAGCAGCAACUGGAGGAGGUGUCGAGGGCCAACAGUUUUGUGAAUAUUUGCUCGUAAGACGGAACUGUAAAGCUAUUUAGGCAGGCGUUGUUGCCUUCACAUUUUGAAAAAAAAAAGAACAAUUUUUGAAAUCCAUUUACUUACUAUAUGUAUACGCCUGUGAAUUGUAUUGUUUCCACUUUCAGGGAACCAUUUGCGCCAUUUUUUUCCUUUCUCAUACUGUUGUACAAUUAUGUUUCUCCUUAUUUCUUCCCAAGUUAUUCGGACCAAAUUAAUCAAAGAAAAAAUGGUCAUAUUAAUAAUUACUUAACUAAGAACAGACCAUUUAUAUUUUCAUUUUUCUUUGAAAGGAAUUCGUACCAAGAUAUUUCAGGAUUUUUUGUGUAUAGAAUCUUCUAUGUGAUGUGAUAUUUUUUUCAACAUGCCAGUAACAAUGUUAACAUAGACGUUUUGUUGUUCAUUCUUCAGUUGUAUUAGCAUUAAUUAGUACUUCUAAAUUGGAUUAUAAUACUAUCUUUGGCAUAAUAUACGCCUACAUGUUCUCUGUCAAAAUACGCUCUUCAAUUGUACAUUAUGUACCUAUCUCAUGUAAAUUGUUACUUAACACAAUUUGUUAAACGUA